AUGAAGCUCUCCACUUCCACCAUCGCUGUCAUCGUGGCAGUUACUAGCGUCUCAGCGAUGCCAACACCCAGCCAGGACCAAUAUCCCGGUGGCUGGGACUCCCAAGUUCAGGCGGCCACAGGUCAUGGAAACCUCGGUUUACGCAUGGUUGCUUUCGAACCAACUCCAUACAAUGACCCCGGUGCCGAGGAAGUGAAACGGGUAGCUUCACGCCAGGAGCUAGAACUGAUUGCCCCAAUUCCUCUUUCUGUGAAAACAAAUGGCAUCAUAGAACCUGGAGUCCCGGCGACCCUACAAGUUGAUACCUAUAUUGCCCGGGAAGACAGUAGCACUGGGAAGCGAAGUGUAGGCAAAGGCACCUUGAUGGAUGCUGCUUUGCCGUCUCUCCUUGAUUCACUUAUCACUGCCGUUCCUAGACAGGAGCUUGAUUAUGGCUGGCGAAAGGGGCACGACGGAGAGAAUCAUCGAUAA